CCUGUACCAAGUCCGUCCAAGUCAGGUCAUUGCUCAAUUACUCUUUUCUUUUUUCACUUCUCACCAGAGCACAAUGGAGCCCAAUAAGGAGGCAACGAAAAGAGACUCUUCUGAGGAGCUCGAGGAACUGCCAGACGGAAGCGUGAGCCACUCGACACAUGGAGCCUCAGAAAAGGAAAUUCCUGUGGGUUCGAAUGUGACGGAGCUGGUUAAGGACAACCAUCGAGAUGUGGAUGAAAUUCCUGUGGGUUCGAACGAGACAGAGCUGGUUAAGGACAGCCAUCGCAAUGUGGAUGAGAGCACCCUAGAGUUGGUUUCUAUGGUGGAAGAGAGGCCGGAGAUCUGGUUGAUAGGCAAGGAUAUUGAGCAAGAUCCAAUGGAUAGUCAACACAAUAGAGACUUUGGGGCUGAUCAUGUACAGAUUGCAAUCGAGGGUGGUGACGAGGGCGACAUGUUGGGGGCACCCCCUCCCUUGAUGUUGACAAGGGCAAACAAUGUGGCCAGGGAUGUUCAGCCGGGUGCACAGGCCGUUGAAGGGCCAGGUCGAGACACCGGUACACCAAAUGAUGAUGAAGUGCCAUCCAGUGAUGCGUCAUCAGCAGGAUCGCAGAAUCAAUCUUUUGUUGUGGAUGAAGAAAACUUGGGAGUCGUCAAUGGUUUCGUUGUGGAGGAUGAGCCGUCUGAAUCGACGAUGCCGCAGAAUGAGGUUAUUGAAGGCACCAUUUUGUGGGAGGAGAGUGGUCACAGAAGCCGCAAAAAAAGUUGGGCUGCAUUGAUGUGCUUGUUUCUUUGUGUGGUCGCCACCACCUUGGCGGCUUUGCUGUUGCCCAGACAAUCCAAAACCACUGACCCCGAUGAAGCAUCCGCCCCUUUCGAUGAGGGCAUGCCCAUCGUCUAUCCACCGUAUCAGGAUGGUCUACCUGUUUUGUUAGUCAAAACGAUUUUGGAGGUUUCAAGCCCGUACUAUAUGGCCAAUAUCUGGAUGCUUCAAGACCCUCAUCUCGAAACCUACACUGCAAGGCAAAAGGUGCAGCGACUUCAUUUGGUUGCAUUAUUUUACUUUGCGAAUGGUCACAACUGGACAAGGACCGACCAUUGGCUCCAAUAUGACGUCUCAGAAUGUGAUUGGUAUUCUUCCAACGAUCUUGAGCCGAGUUGUGAUGAAGAGGGAUCCUUCGUCAAUUUAAAUCUCUCGUCCAACAAUUUGCGCGGAGAUCUCACUGAUGCUCAUGAUCACAUGGUGGAAGUGAAGGUGUUUGACCUCUCCUACAACUACAUCUCGGGUAAUCCUCCUAAUAUUGGCACAAACCCAGUGAUCGAGGUAAUGGACGUUUCCAACAAUGACUUCAAGGGAUUCAAUCAAAACAACGGAGGCUUUGCUGCUGUCAGGCUGCGUGUUAUACGGCAUGAUGGAAACCGGUUUUCUGGUGGUGUAUCAGCUGGAUUAUUCUAUCUGCUCGUCCCUUUGCUUGAAGUGUUCAACAACUCAUUGAACGACUAUUACGGAGAACUGUCCUGGGCAUUGACCAACUGCAAAAACCUCACCCACUACUCUUCCAAGUGUGAUCAUGUGGGAAGCAUCCCUCCUGAGUAUGGCAGCUUGACAAAACUACAGGAAUUCGAUAUCGAAGGGAAUAGCCGGAUGACUGGAGCCAUUCCCUCGGAGCUUGGUCUUUGGACUAGCCUCACUUCACUAAACAUUGCUGGAACUGGCAUCACGGGCACCAUUCCAGAAGCCCUCUGCUCCAGAGCUCUUGCUAGAGACUUGAACAUUUUUGCAAACUGUAGCCUCGUGGAGUGCUGCAGUGCUGACGAGCAGUCAUGAAGGUGGCCAUUUGGAAGUGAAAGUCGCUGUUGGGUUCAAGGUAGCCUCGUGGAGUGUUGUAGAGUACUUGUGAAGUGGCAUACUGAAGCCUAAAAGUAGACAUUGGGUUUAGGGUUUGUAUUAUGAGCAAGGGGGAAAGAUAACUAGCUAGCUGUAUACUCUACCCCUCUUUCGUGCAGCGCUCUUGGGCGAUAUGGUGCUCUGACGAGGGUCAACUUCUCUAGUGUCGAUACUACACAGCGUUGGAUUGG